GUCGGGAUGACCGGUGGCGGCGGCGGCAACAAGAGCCGCGAUGGCGUUCACAACAGCAACAGCAGCAGCAGCACCAACAACAGCAGCAGCAGCAGCAGUGGUGGCAGCACGGCCAGGGCGGCGGCAGCGGCAAAGGGGACGCACCGAGCACGAGGUGGGAAGGGUGGUGAGCCCAAGCAACGAAACCUGCGCGUGACGCACACGCGAUCUCGGCCGUCAACAGCUGCGCGUCAACAGCACAACGUGCUGAGCAUCAUUGGCGCGUGCGUGUUCACGCUGCUGCUCAUCAUCUACCUGGCAAACACACAGCGGCUGCGCGACAUCGGGCCAGACACGCAGCGCGUGCCCGUUGUCGCAGCAGCAGCAGCAGCAGCCGCGACAGCAUCCCUGUCACACAACCAACCACGCUCCGUUGACCCAGCCAGCUCCCAGUACACAACACAUAAUAAGCAACCCCGGCGCACAAACACCACCACCUUUAAGCAACAGCAACAACAACAGCAACAGCAACAGCGCCGAAUACGGCAUCGUCGUGGCAGCGAGCCCAUGCAGACCAGCACCAGCUUACCCACCACCGCCGACGAGCCAGCUGCUGCUGCUUGAGUGUGUGUGUGGGGGGGUGUGUGUGUACGCGUUUGUGUCUGUGCGUAUGUGUGUGAUAUGAUGUGCGUGUAUGUGUGUGUGUGCUUCUGUCAUGACCUUUGCCUCGUGUUGAGACACACUUGCAGGCUGUGUGUGUGUAUGUAUGUUUGUUUGCUGUGGUGCUCGCUGUUUCUGACCCUGUGCAUCCUCUUCCCUCUCGAGCACACUUUGGCUUCAUCUGACAUGUGCACAGCUCCAGCAGCGCUUCCUCCGCUGAGCAGUUGUUCGCUUGUACACUUGCUUUCUCGUCUUUCUUCGGCUUUCUUGGCUUUCCUGCCUUUCUUUGAUCGACCCCCUUGAACCUCUAGGCAACCCACGCGCAAGCAUCUUGUUUGAACAGCUCGGCUGUGCGUCCCGCAUAUGUUUAUUGCUUUGGCGGGCGAAUGACCGUGUAAAUAAACAUGGACAUCAACGA